AUGCUGUCAACUCGUCACUUCCUUCGCACUCCCCUCUUGCGUUCAAUUCACUCUUCCGCCGUCCUCCUCAAGGGCAAUCAGCGCUACAAAGAGCGCUCUUCGAGCGUGGAGCGUUCUUCCACGGCGAAUUCUCGACGUGAGUGGAUCAUGCAGUUGCGUGCCACUGCAAAUCGAAAGAAGUGGGAGGCGGAAGAGGCGUCACGGUCUUCGCGCAGACUCAUGCAGCCUCCUCCCGGUCUCAGCGUCUUCUUCACCUCCUCCUUCGAAGAAACGUCUUGGCCAAUUGUAUCCGCGAUACGCAAUCUCAGAGAUGCAGCUGGACCAGAAAUGUACAAUUGUGAAAGUAAUCCCCUCUACGCUAAGGUGAUUAGGGAUCUUUAUCUUCCAUUGAAUUAUAAUUUUUCUAAAGCCAUGCAAUAG